AUGUCCAUCAUCAACACUCCCCGUCUGGACCGCCUCUGGCAAGAGGCCCAGAUUCACCCAGAGUGGGCAACUACGCGACUGUGGGAGUACAUCUUCAACCACAUCAUCUUCAAGGAUGAAAAAUGGAUCGUCUCUUCUCAGCAGCCUGCAACUCGCCAAGAAGGCGAGCUGAGGAGAGUCGACCUCGUUGUUGAGAAGAUGAACAGUGACGCAACCAAGGUCGAAACUGUCUUGUUCGUCGAGGCUAAGCGUGCAAGCGCUUCACGCACCGAUAUCCAGGACGCUGAACACCAGGCCUUCACCGCCGCCUGCGCCUACUGCAUCGAUACCGGGGUAAAGAAUAUCUGGGCCAUGACAUGCAUCGGUAGUGCGGCGAGACUGUGGGCAUUCAAAAACGGCCACAUGUACCUGACCCCGUUCGUGCCUGAAGGCGAGGGAUUAUCAGAGAAAAGUGAAUAUCUGGAGAUAGCCGCCAAUGGCCAGACAAUCACGGCUGGCCUGGAAUACAUCAAGAGACACACUACGCCUCCAGAAAGUCUCUUCCCAAAAGAGCUGUCGCCUGGGCCUUCCGACCCGAUGUUCCCCCAGGACUUGGGCAGUACCGAAGCCAUGCAAUUGGACGAGUAUGACGCACGGGACUACGAAUCCAAUCCCAACCCAGGCGGCGCAAGCGGAAUGGAUUUCGGAGAGGUUUGGGACCCUUCUGCUCACGACAGAACUCAGCCGUUCGGCGUCGCAGAAGAACUCGAACAUGGCAGGUUCCUCUCGCCUGAAGAAGAAGGGUUCACGGCCCCGAUGAAUCAGGAAGAAACAGAGGAAUUGCCCGAUGAUGAUUUUGCCCAGCAGCGGGAGGAAACGAGCAGGGAAAUAGAGGUGAAAGUGACAAGGGUGAAACACACUCUGAGCUCAGACGAGUUCAUCUUCAAAAAUAGGAAGAGACAACAGGUGAAGACAAACAAGAAUGACUGGACUGCAAAGACGCGAGAGGGGCGAACCGUGUGGGUUUACAAGCAUGGCAAGAAGUCGGUCUAUUGGACAAAGAAGCUUGAUUAA